AAAUUGAUGGAUCUGAUAGAGAAUGGGUUUUGAUAAACCCAUAAAAUAACCUAAUGAAUCCAAUUCGGUUUCUUUUCUUUUCCUCCAUACACCGCUCAACUCUACUUCACAGGUCUGCUUCAUCAAGCAGGAUUCAAUCUCAUGGCUAUAAGAAAUCAACAGGUUCAAGAAAUGAUCCUCUUGUACAUAUCGAAUCGCAGCCCCCUCGUGUUCAAUUGCGUUUUUGGACCGUUCCAAUUGCUGUGUUUGCUGGAUUUAUGUCGCUUGUGUAUUACAAUGAUCAGAGGCGAGGAUUGCAAAAUGCUGAAGGAAACAAACGUGGUGUUGAUGACAAGGGUACUGGUGGGCCGUUCACAUUGAUUGAUACAAAGAAUCGGGUAGUCACUGAGAAAGAUUUUCUAGGGAAAUGGCAUCUGUUGUACUUUGGCUACACUUUCUCCCCAGAUAUUUGCCCUGACCAAGUUCAAGUCAUGGCCAAGGCCAUAGAUAUUUUAGAGAAAGAAAAGAAUCGCCAGGUCUUUCCGGUAUUUGUUACCAUUGAUCCCCAGCGUGAUACUCCUUCACAUCUUCGUGAAUAUCUUAAAGAAUUUGAUUCAAGGAUUAUCGGACUAACAGGACCUGUUGGUGCUGUAAGGCAGAUGGCACAGGAGUACCGGGUCUUUUUCAGGAAGGUCGAAGAUGAAGGAGAUGAUUACCUUAUUGAGAGUUCCAAUUAUAUGUACUUGAUUAACCCAAACCUGGAGGUUGCAGGACGCUUUGGCAUCGAAUAUCCAGCUGAGCAACUGUCAGAAGAAAUCUUAAAGGAAAUAGACAAAGUCUCGUCAUGAUCGGUCAACAACUUUGCUAUUCUCUGGUUUUGGUCUGAAGAUUACAUGCAAAGCUGAGCUUUGGACAAAGUUCCAGCAUUUCUCUUUCCUUUCGGGAUGCGAGGUGAGAAUAUCUCCUAAUUGAAAUAUUGUUUGAAACAUUUUAAGAUAAAGUUCUAUUGUCAUACAUGGCUAAGGUGCGGCUCCUUUCUUUUGAUAGAACUAGUUGAGAUUAUGAUUAUUGAGCUAGUAAUUGAUAGUUAAUGUAAAUUCUGAUUAAUCCCUUUGGGAAAUUAACAUGCUUUUUUUGAGACAAAUAUAUAUUUGAGCAUAUUCCUGAAA